CACCAUUUUCCACUUCAACACUCGCCAACACACAGCUCACCAGCAGACGCCCGGAGAAAGAAUCCCAUCGACAGAGAAGCAGAAAUUAGCUUAGCUAGCAAUGGUGAUGGCGGCGGCAGCGCGGCGGGACGCGGAGGCAGAGCUGAACCUGCCGCCGGGGUUCCGGUUCCACCCGACGGACGAGGAGCUGGUGGCGCACUACCUCUGCGCGCGCGCCGCCGGCCGCGCCGCGCCGGUGUCCAUCAUCGCCGAGCUCGACCUCUACCGGUUCAGCCCGUGGGAGCUCCCGGAGAGGGCGCUCUUCGGCGCCCGGGAGUGGUACUUCUUCACGCCGCGGGACCGCAAGUACCCCAACGGCUCCAGGCCCAACAGGGCCGCUGGGGCCGGCUACUGGAAGGCCACCGGCGCCGACAAGCCCGUCGUGCAUGCCGGGAGGACCGUCGGGAUCAAGAAGGCGCUCGUCUUCUACCACGGCAAGCCGCCGCGAGGGGUCAAGACGGACUGGAUCAUGCACGAGUACCGCCUCGCCGACGCAUCCUCCUCCGCCGCUGCCAAGAAGAAGAAGAGCAAUGACGGCACGCUCAGGCUCGACGACUGGGUGCUCUGCCGCCUCUACAACAAGAAGAACGAGUGGGAGAAGAUGCAGCAGGACAAGGCGGCCAUGGCUGCGGAGGCGUCACAAUCAGCCUCGUGCGGGGAGACGCGGACGCCUGAGUCGGAGAUCGACAACGACCCCUUCCCGGAGCUGGAGGACUCGCUGCCGGCAUUACAGGGGAUAAUGGGGACGACAGACACCAUACUGCCCAAGGAGGAGGUGCAGGAGCUGGACAACGACUGGCUCAUGGGGAUCAACCUCGACGAUCUGCAGCUUCCCUGGGACGACUCCUACGCCUCCUUCCUGUCGCCGGUGGCCGCGAUGAAGAUGGAGCAGGACCUCACCCCAUUCUUCUGAACUCUCCGCUCUCACCCACGUGCGCGGUGCGGCGUAACUGUAGAUAGAGUAGUUCAGACUAUUUUUAUGCCUUAACUUUAGAUAGGACUAGCACAAAACCCGUGCGUUGCUACGGUGUCAGUAUUAAAUCAAAUAAGUAUGUUUCAUAUAUUUAUAUAUGUGUGUCAUCAAAACAAAUAGAAUAUAUCGUUUACAUAACCAA